AUGGACAAAGCCAGUAGUGAAUCGUCUAGUAACCACUGGCAAGUGUGCGUGCCCGUAAGUGUAAAAGACGGUGUUUGUCCGAUGCGGCCAAUCAAUGGUGGACCUGGGGGCCAACUAGAGUACUCCCCCAACCCAUCUCUCGCUUUAUCAACGAGCUCUUUUAAGUUAAGGGCGAAGGACCAGGAAAGGGAGGCAGCAGGAGCGGAGGCGGUGGAGAGGGAAAACUUCCCAUCCGCCUCGUCUUCCAUCUCUAGCCUCGUGUGCGCUGAUCGGGGAAGAAGGCAUGCGCCCUCUACUGCCGUGGCUCGCAUUCCGCACGCGCGUCCGCGUGCCUCCGUGCGAGCGAUCGAUUUCUCGCUCGACCACGCGCCAAUCCCGCACCACCAGUGA